CCCCCCCUCAACCGGCACCGACACCGGGGAGAAGCCGCCCGCCCCGACCGGCAUCGAUACCGGGGAGGCCGAGGCCCGGACACAUAUCGUGGGCCUUGGAGCUGAGCUGAGCUGAGCCCCGGCCCGGACGACCCGGGGACGCCGCUGAGCCACAGGCCGGGUGUCCGGGCCCGAGGGCCAGGAAUCAGCGGAGCCCAGAGCUGGAGGUUAAUGUGAGCUUGAAUCUGCCUCAUUGUCCAAUGGUUACUGUUUAAUAUGUUUCACUGUUCCCAAUUUAUGAAUAGCAGACCCCACAGCCUGAACCACAGUUAAAUUGCUGACUGAAUCUGACUUUGUGUGUCUGGGCCAGUCUUUCAUUUUUCAAGAACUCAUCCAUUCAGAGCCGCCAAAAUAGCUGGGCCAGGCAAGAAACGACGAAAUCCUGAGCCAGACCCCAUUAGUGACGCAAGCAAAGCUCCCGUGUUGGCCAAGAAACUGAAAAUGGCCAGCAUGGCUGAGAACAGCAGGAAGAAAUUGGGAUGGAAUCAGGAGGAGGCCACAAACAAGAAGAAACUGAAGGACAAAGUCAACCAAGAGAAUAAGGACGGGAAGACUACUGUUGGUAGUGAGCCUAAGAAAGAUUUGCCAAGCAAUGAGGAUGCAUUGCGAGGGAUAGACAGUGAUGAUCUCUUUGUCGACUGGAAGCAGAAUGCAGAUGAGGUUAUAGUAAAACUGAAGCCAGGAGAGGGGAGCCUGAAACUUGACGAGGUUGAUGCAGCUUUCACAGACACAGACUGUGUGGUAACACUGCCAGAUGGACGCCAGUGGAGUUGUCAGUUCCAUGAAGAGAUUGAGAGUUCAUGCAGCAAAUUGCAGUACAAGGAAAAGGGAAACUUUCUCCAACUCAUCAUGACAAAGAAGAUUCCUCUGCACACAUGGCCAUCCCUCAUGAAGAAAGGUAAAGAACAGACUGUCUUGAUUCUGCCCAGGGACACUGGGAAAGAGAAGAUUUUGUUCAGCGAAGAUCUCGCAGAAGAGGUGAAACUAGGAGAAUCAUCCGACAGCACCGAGAAGAAGAAAACGAAAGCUGAGCGCGGGGUUAAACGUCCGAUCAAUGUGAAGGUGUUAGGAAACACCGAAUCACCACCUGAACCCGGUGUAAAACGCACCAUCCAGUGCAAGGAUCCGGACAACACUCCAGUCGUCCCUGAGCCAGUUGCAACUCAAACUGUCUUUGUGAAAUCCCCAGAAGGAGCGGAUACUGCUUCUCUUGAGCAGGACACAAGGUCUGCAGCACGCCCGAAAAGCCCUGCGAGUGAACUGAGUAUCAGUGAUGCUGACGGAGGCCGAUCUGAACCCGCGGUUGAGAGUAAAGUGAAGAGGAACGGUCGAGGCCCCCAGGGAGACUGGCACAUGGAGCAUAAAAGUGGUACGACAAACACUGUUCAAACAUCAGCUGAGAAAGCUGAGAUGGAAGUGACCGAGAAAGAGAAACAGCUGCCCAAGAACCAGAAUAUCAAUGCUGUAACAGCUGGGUUACUCUGUGAAGCUGUGGCAAAGGCUUCAGCAAGUGUAAGUGUUCCUAUGGAACAGAUAGUGAGUGCAGCAGAGGUUGAGACUCGGGAACCUGUUGAAGACAGGCUUGGGGAUGCUGAAGCAGCAGUGGGGAAACCUCUGGCUCAAAAUUCUCCUCUAACUGAGAACUCUGUUGGAAGAUCUGUUGGGAAGCAAGCGGACCCUGUUGAACAAAUAACUGGAGAAACGCUGCCAGUGGAAAGACCACUUGAAGACACCACAGUACUAUCUAGCUCACCUGUGGAGAAGACAGAUCAGACAAAGGAGGAGCCUGCUGAGGAAAAGGUUGAAGUUCCGGAUAGUUAUGUGAAUUUGAGCUUCAUUAAGUAUGACUCCUAUGAGAAGGGAACAGAUGCUAUGGUAGUGCAUGUGUACGUGAAGGAGAUCUGCAAAUCCGUAUCCAGGGUUCUUUUCCGAGAACAGGACUUCACUCUCAUUUUUCAAACCAGCUACGAACCAUUUCUGCGCAUCCACCCUGACUGUGGACCGAACACCAUCUUCAAAUGGCAGGUUAAAGUUCGGAAUCUAAUUAACCCAGAGCAGUGCCAGUACACCUUCACAACCUCGCGCAUCGAUAUCAGUUUGAAGAAGAGACGGAAUCAGCGCUGGGGAGGACUUGAAGCUCUCGCAGCACAAGGUGCAGUGGGGGGCGCCAAAGUAGCUGUGCCUGCAGGCCCACCUUCACUGGAGAAAGCGCAGCCUGGGAGCAGCCAGCACACACUUCCUCCCAAGGAGGAGCAACGCUCAAAUGAGAAAGAAAAAAUGCGCACAGAGGAAGCCAGUCUCGAGUCAGUGGCAAUCAGGUCAACACCCGAGAACGUCCAGAUUAAGCAUGACACACUUGUAACAUCGCCUAAGCCGACCUGCAUGGUGACCCCGAUGACACACAGCGUCACCAACCCUGAGCAUACGGAAGAGGAAGAGGAGGAGGAGGAGAAGAAAGUCUGUCUGCCAGGAUUCACAGGGUUGGUCAACCUGGGGAACACUUGCUUCAUGAACAGUGUUAUCCAGUCACUGUCCAACACAAGAGAACUCCGCGACUACUUCCACGAUCGAUCUUUUGAGUCUGAAUUAAAUUACAACAAUCCUCUGGGGACUGGCGGCCGCCUGGCCAUUGGUUUUGCGGUGUUGCUGCGGGCUCUGUGGAAAGGAACACACCACGCCUACCAGCCAUCAAAAUUGAAGGCUAUUGUGGCAAGUAAAGCUAGCCAAUUCACUGGUUACGCACAGCACGAUGCUCAGGAAUUUAUGGCGUUUCUGUUGGAUGGCCUCCAUGAGGACCUCAAUAGAAUACAGAAUAAACCGUACACGGAGACAGUGGAUUCUGAUGGGCGCCCAGAUGAGGUAGUGGCAGAGGAAGCCUGGGAACGCCACAAGAUGCGAAAUGAUUCCUUUAUCGUGGAUCUAUUCCAGGGCCAGUAUAAGUCCAAGCUGGUGUGCCCCAUGUGUUACAAGGUGUCAAUCACGUUCGACCCUUUCCUCUACCUAUCCGUCCCCCUACCACAGAAACAGAAGUUGCUGACUGUUUACUUUUUUGCCAAGGAGCCUCAUAAGAAACCGAUAAAGAUCUUGGUGAGUGUCAGUAAGGAGAAUGCUAGUGCCGGCGAUGUCCUCGAUGCUAUCUCCCGGAAUAUGAAGGUGAAAGCUGACACACUGCGACUGGCUGAGGUUGCAAGAAAUAGAUUCCAUCGGCUAUUUAUAUCGUCUCAGUCCUUGGAUACUGUGUCUCCCAGCGACACACUCUUCUGCUUUGAGGUGCUCACUAAAGACCUGGCGAAGGAGAGGGUGCUCGAAUUGAAUGUGCAACAGCGACUGUUAAUUCCCAACAUCCCGAUCAACAAGUGUGCCGCAUGUCAGAAACCACAGCAGCCUGAUGAAAAACUGCGUCGUUGCACCAGUUGCUACAGAGUCGCCUACUGCAACCAGACUUGUCAAAUGAACCAUUGGUCAGAUCAUAAAGGCCAGUGCAGAGCGGAGAAUAUCGGCUGUCCCUUCAUAAUCAGCAUCCCUGAGUCACGGCUCACAUACUCCAGGCUCUCACAGCUACUGGAGGGAUAUUCAAGGUAUUCAGUCAACGUGUUCCAGCCCCCAUUUCAACCAGGGCGAAUCUCGCCAGACCCACCCCUUUGUAAGACGGAAACUGUGCAGCCCACCCCUGGAAACAUUACCAACUCAGAGAUUGGGGACGGAAGGAUGCCCUUGGAGGUUCAGGAGAGAGACCUCAGGCCUGUGCACCGCACCCAUUUAAGCAGCUCUGUUUCUGAGCCCCUACUGGCCUCUGCUUUCUCGAAGGGGAUGAGCAUGCCAGGCAGAGACAAAGAUUCCGUUCACAGCUACGACUCCGGAUUCUCAGCAUUGCGGCCAUUGUCACAUGAGGACGCUGGAUGUGAGAAGGAAACCUCUUACGAGAAAGCUCCAAAGCCAGAAGCUGCAAUCCCUGGUUAUCAGCAGCCAACUGAGUCUGUUCACUUCCACACCCCACAGUUUUACAUCAAGAUCAUUGACUCUUCAAACAAAGAGCAGAAAAUGGAAGACAAAGGUGAUGCUCCAUUGGAGCUCCCAGACAGUGUCUCACUGGCAAUGGUGUGGAAGAACAAUGAGCGACAGAAGGAGUACGUGCUAGUGGAAUCUAAGGAGCUGGAAUAUGCUGAAGAUCCCAGCUCAGCCAACGAAGCAGCCAGAGCUGGCUACUUUACCCUGGAACAGUGCCUGAAUCUCUUCACCAAACCUGAGGUGCUGGCACCUGAGGAAGCUUGGUAUUGUCCUAAAUGUAAACAGCACAGGGAGGCGUCCAAACAGUUGAUGUUGUGGUGGCUUCCGAACGUACUCAUCAUUCAGCUGAAACGCUUCUCCUUCCGUAAUUUCAUCUGGAGAGACAAGAUCAAUGACAUGGUGGAGUUUCCCAUCAGAAAUCUGGACCUGAGCAAGUUCUGCAUUGGUGUGAAGGAUGUUCGGCAGCCGCCUGUCUACGAUCUGUAUGCAGUAAUCAAUCACUAUGGUGGGAUGAUUGGGGGACACUACACCGCCUACGCACGUCUGCCUAAUGAAAAAAACAGCCAGCGCAGUGACGUGGGUUGGCGUCUCUUUGAUGACAGCACUGUCACGACGGUCGACGAAAGCCAGGUGGUUGCACGACAUGCAUAUGUACUGUUCUACCGUCGCCGCAAUUCUCCAGUGGUAAGGCCUUCACGGACGAGAGCUGCAACACGUGGAACAGAGUGCACAGCUGAAGCAGAAGGAACAGCCUCCCAGGCUUCUCUAAUAUGGCAGGAGUUGGAGGCGGAAGAGGCACCACGCACACACAGCAGGCAUAAUCAGGGACUUAGGCCACUGCAGUCUCGGAUCAACGAGGAUUUCUCAGGAACUCAGCUCACAGACUACCCAGACCAAGAUUGCAUCCGAUACUUUGUUCUCAGCACUUUAGCUGCAAUACUAGCUCUCUUUGUAAACGUCCUGUACCCACUGAUCAUUUAGGGCAUGCAGAUCACAGCAGUCAGGACAAUGCUGCUUGUUCACAUAGCUGCCCAGCAGCUAAUUCACAACACUAGUCCUUCGUUACUUGUCAACGUGUGUGUUUUUCCCUUUUGAUGUAGCUACUUCUUUGUUUUAAUCAUAUAUAUGACAGACUCGCCCUGUAAAUGCCUGGGGCUUUUUUGUGUACUCCAUAUUCCACAGCUUAGUGCUGUCUUAUUGAUCAACAAAUUAAAUUUUAAAAACAAAAGUUUAAAGUGAAAAAUUGCAGACAUUGCACGUUCCAUCCAUGAGCUUUUUCAUAGGGGAAGGUUAGAGGUAGCAAUAACCUUUUUUUUACUGCUCAUUAAAUCUACUUCCAUCUUUACAAAUGAAAAAUAAAAGUUGAAUACUGGUAGUCUUAGUCCUCAGACUGUUGUUUGAUCUUAGUGCCUCUUUAAUUAUGAAUGAUUUAUUUAUUAAGAAUUUUCAGUUAACCCUUAAAAUAAGCACUCAAAAGUUUUUUUUGAAACAUGCUAAACUUGGUCACCGAGCUGGUUUGUUUCUGCUGUGGAGAGACCAGGGCACGAGCACCCUCGUAAUCUGGAUCGCACCCAUGCAUCUGAAGCUACCAACAUGGUUUAGUUUCCCAGAGGAAGGGAGGAGUAGCACAAUAGUAGCUAACUCAGGUUGUCUUGGAGCCAAACCCGCAACCAUUCAGGGAGCAGCGUUGCUGUCUGUCUUCCUCACUCUCUCUUUCUCUCAAGACCGGGGAAAUGUGCAGGGUAGAGGAAGAAACGUAAUUUUAAAAUGAAGGGACCGAAAAUUGAAAAAUGUCAGAGCGUGAGAACGCAUUAAUUAUGUGUAUGAUGUUUUUGCAGAACAAGCCAGCAUAACCCAUGUAAUCCGCUGUUAUCUUUCACGGACUGAAAUGUGUUAACUGUAUCUUCGCAGGAUGUCGCAUAACUAACAGCCGGUUAGGAUUAUAAAUCCUUUGUCCAUUCAUACUCUGUUGUUUUAAAAAAAAUUUUCUAACAUUGUAUCUGAAAUGUUGCUGUGCAGAAACUGCUAACUCUUAUGGGUAUUUUGUCACUGAUGUAGAGGUGGAAGUUAUGAAGGGCCCUCCCCCUGCAGACUGUACAUUUUUUUUAAAAAUUGAAAACAUUGUAAUGUUAAAAUGUGUUUAAAAUAUGUAAAACUGGAGAGUUUAAACCUAAUUUGCAAUUUUGAAUACUUGAAGGUUCAUUUUAUCUCACUGACACUUGAAUAUAUCAGCUUGAGAUUUAAGUAUGAUUCACAAAAUUUACUGGUGCAGUUUAAAAAGAAAAAUAUAAUAAAUUUUUAUUGUACUUUU